CUUUAAAAAAACUCAUUUUUAAAAACUCUCUUUUCUGUCUAAUGUCUGAUAACAAGAAACAUAUCGUUGUCAUUGGUGCUGGUAUCGGUGGUGUUGCAACUGCUGCACGUCUCUCUCGUGAAGGUUUUCGUGUAACCGUUGUCGAAAAGAAUGACUUUUCAGGUGGAAGAUGUUCAUUAAUCUAUAACGAAGGUCAUCGCUUUGAUCAAGGUCCCUCUCUCUAUUUGAUGCCAAAGUUAUUCCAAGACGCAUUCGCUGAUCUGGAUGAACGCAUUGAAGACCAUGUUGACCUGUUACGCUGUGACAAUAACUACAAGGUUCAUUUCGAUGAUGGUGAAUCCAUCCAAUUAUCCUCUGACCUCACUCGAAUGAAAUCUGAAUUGGACCGUAUUGAGGGUCCUGAAGGCUUUGGUAGAUUCCUAGACUUUUUGAAGGAGACUCAUAUCCAUUAUGAACGCGGUGUCUUUAUUGCUAUCAAGAGAAACUUUGAAUCCAUUUGGGAUAUGGUGCGUAUCAAAUUCGCUCCCGAGAUCUUUCGUCUUCAUUUGUUUGGAAAGAUUUAUGAUCGUGCUUCCAAGUACUUUUUAACCAAGAAGAUGCGUAUGGCUUUUACUUUCCAAACCAUGUACAUGGGUAUGUCUCCUUAUGAUGCUCCUGCUGUCUACAGUUUGUUGCAAUACACUGAGUUUGCUGAAGGUAUCUGGUACCCUCGUGGUGGAUUCAAUGUUGUAGUUCAAAAGCUUGAAGAGAUUGGCAGCAAGAAAUACGGUGCCAAAUUUAUUUACAAUGCGCCCGUUGGAAAGAUUAAUACCGAGGAUGAAAAUAAGCGUGUCACUGGUGUGACUUUAGAAAACGGAGAAGUGAUUCAUGCCGAUGCUGUUGUUUGUAACGCGGAUCUCGUGUACGCCUAUCAUCAUUUAUUACCCCCUUGUUCUUGGACAACCAACACAUUGGCUACCAAGAAACUAACUUCAUCGUCCAUCUCUUUCUAUUGGUCGCUCAAGGAAAAAGUCCCUUUGCUUGAUGUCCACAAUAUUUUUUUGGCUGAGGCUUAUCAGGAAAGUUUUGAUGAAAUCUUUAAAGACUAUGGUUUACCUUCUGAAGCUUCUUUCUAUGUCAACGUACCCUCUCGUAUUGACCCAUCCGCUGCUCCCGAAGGUAAGGACUCUGUUAUUGUCUUGGUUCCUAUUGGCCACAUGAGAAGUCUUACGGGUAAUGGUGAUGAAGAAAAUUAUCCCAAAAUGGUUGAACGGGCUCGUGCCAUGGUGCUUGAAAUCAUUCAACGUCGUCUGGGUAUGGAAAAUUUUGCUGACUUGAUCGAACAUGAAUCCCACAACGAUCCUGCGAUCUGGCAAAGCAAGUUUAAUUUGUGGAGAGGCUCUAUUCUUGGUUUAUCGCAUGAUAUCUUGCAAGUCCUCUGGUUCCGUCCCAGUACAAAAGACUCUACCUUACGUUAUGACAAUCUCUUUUUCGUUGGCGCAAGCACUCAUCCAGGUACCGGUGUUCCUAUUGUUCUUGCUGGUAGUAAGCUUACAUCAGAUCAGGUCUGCAAGAGUUUCGGAAAAGCACCUUUACCAAGAAAGAUUCAAGAUGAACCUACCUACAAGGCUGAAGCGAAUGUUGCCUCUAACCAACUGGUGACGUAUAGUGUCUAUCUCUUUAUAAUCACAUUUCUAUUUUUUGCACUUUUCCCUACGCAAUCAACCAAUCAUACAGCUGCUUCCUUCAUCAAUUCCUAUUUACCUAAACAAUUUCGUGUGACUUACGACAAUGAUUUAUUAUUGGAAAGAUACUAAUAAAGUAAUAAAUUAACAUUUGGAAUUUCUUUUUUGUA